AUGUGGAGGCUCAAGAUUACAGAAGGUGAUGGGCCGCACAUGUUUAGCACCAACAAUUUCGUCGGUAGACAAUUUUGGGAGUUCGAGCCCGACGCUGGGAUGCCGGAAGAGCGAGCGGAAGUGGAACAAGCUCAAGAGUACUACAAGAAAAACAAUAGAAGAGGUCCAACCGGUCGGCCUUGGCCCAGUAGCGAUCUUCUUAUGCGAAUGCAGUGGUCUUCUAAACAAAAAUAUAACUUUAAGCACGGACUUGAGGAUGCUACAAAACAGCUUUCUGUAGAGCGCUUUGCAGGAGAUAUCCGGACCGUCUAUCUCAGUAAUCAAUGGUCAGGAUUGAAAACAAACUCAUUUAAUCCGGACUGUUGA